UUCAUCGGAAUAAUCAUCAGUGUUGUGGGAAUGAAAUGUACCAAAGUGGGUGACAAUAAUCCCAUCGCCAAGGACAGAAUUGCUGUGUCUGGAGGAGCCCUUUUUAUUUUGGCAGGUCUCUGCACAUUAAUUGCAGUUUCGUGGUAUGCCACACAAGUUUCUCAUGACUUUUUCAACCCAAAUACACCAAUCAAUGCCCGGUAUGAGUUUGGAUCGGCGUUAUUUGUAGGCUGGGCAGCUUCCAGCCUCACCAUGCUUGGUGGAUCCUUCCUGUGCUGUUCAUGUCCCAACAUAGAUACCAGAGGACAGCAAUACUACCGACAAUCCCAGCCGUCAGCUACUACCAGAGAAACCACAAAAAUACCUAUAAAGAAGAAGGAAGAGACAAGUUAA